AUGAAGAGUGCUAAGUGGGUUAGCACACCUCUUCCUGGUCAUCUGAAAUUGAACAAAGAGAUGUGUCCUACAACAACGGAGGAAAAAGAGAGAAUGGCCAAGAUUCCUUAUUCCUCUGCCGUCAGAAGUUUGAUGUAUGCAAUGGGAAAGAGCAUUGGGAAGUCAGAAGUGGAUACUCGAGUAUCUAAGAGGAACCUCGAUGAAUGCUUGUGUUUUGGAGGAUCAAAUCCAAUCUUGAAGGGCUAUACAGAUUCUGAUAUAGCAGGUGACCUUGAUAACAGAAAAUCCACUACUGGAUAUUUGUUUACUUUUUCAAAGGGAGCUAUAUCAUGGCCCUCUCUCAUAGAAACAAAAGACCAAAGAGAAACAGCCAAACUAAAGAGUAGUAACAACUUUGCUGAAUCUACAUAUUUGGUUUCACAUUAUGCUAAGACAUGUAACUUGAUAGAAGAAGGCGGGAAAAUGGAUCAUGUAAUCGAGACAAAUCAAAUCCUUAAUGAAAUAGUUACAGAUUUGUACAAUUCAUCUAUCAAAUCAUGUACCAUAUUCAAAGUAACAGUGGGGCUGAGUGCAUCAAAUCCAAAUGCUUAUAAGCCACAACUGGUAUCCAUUGGUCCUUAUCAUAACAAUAAUCCACAACUUCGCUCGAUGGAGAAUUAUAAACUACGUUACCUACAAAGGUUUCUUAGAAGGAAAGCGGGGAUUGAUGUGGAGAGAUGCAUUAGGGAAUUAGAAAACCUCAAGGAUGCCGCGUUGCAGUGUUAUGAUGAUAUAGAGGACCUUUAUAGUGAUCACAACUCUGGUAAAUUUUUGAAAAUAUUAUUACUUGAUGGUUCUUUUGUGGUUGAGUUUAUUCGAGAGCGUUCUGGAAUGGUGCCAAAUGGAGAAAACAUAAUUAUCGAUGUUGGUUGUAUAUAUCAUCAAGUGCUUCGAGACAUGUUGCUACUAGAAAAUCAACUUCCUUUCUUUGUCCUCACAAAACUUUAUGACAUGACUAUGGAUCAAAUACCGUUCACAAGAUUGAUGAAGCAGACCUUUAAUUCUUCAUUAUUGAAGAUGCUUCCUUCGUCCUUUAUCGAGACUGAAGGUCAUGAUGUUAGAAACAUCAAACAUUUACUUCAACUAGUACACAUGUCAUGUCAACCUUCAGAGAAGAAAGCUAGCCAAACCACGAAUCCUAGUAUGGAAAUGGAAUAUUGCAGGAAAAGGUUAUGCUGGAAUCCUUUUCAAAGGAUUAGGUUGAAAGCGAUGUCAAAAUAUAAGGACCACCAACCAUGGGACGCCAACAUGCCAAAUGCAACAGAUCUCCACGAAGCUGGAGUUAGAUUUUCAGAAGCUGGAAAGAUUUAUAGAAGAUUGGAGGAAGGCGACCUUGGAGAUAAUACAAGUUUAUUUGACAUUAAAUUUGGAAAUGGUAUGAUCACCAUUCCUUAUUUUGAAGUUUGUGACAUUACGGAGACCAUCCUGAGAAAUCUUAUAGCAUAUGAGCAGCUAUCAUUUGAUGUACAUCCAAGAUAUUUCAGUGAUUUUUCUGUUUUCAUGGAUUAUCUUAUCGACUCGGACAAAGAUGUGAGUUUGCUUCGUAGAAAAGGAAUCAUCAAGAAUGAGAUAGGAGAGGAUAAAGAAGUGGCUAGCCUCUUUAACAAAAUUGGAAAAGGGGUCACCGUUUAUUCUGAUUUCUAUUAUAAAGAAGAGUGCAGAAAAUUAGUUCAACAUUGUGAAAAAACAUGGAACAAAAUGAAGGCAAGUUUGAUACACAAUUAUUUUAAUAGUCCUUGGGCAGGAGCUUCAACUGUGGGAGCCGUCAUACUCCUAAUACUCACCGCGAUACAGACUUUUCUAGCUUUCACAGGUGCUGAGAAUAUAACUAUUAGGAAUCUGACAUUUCCUAUAUGCAUUCAAUCUGCUGAAGAUUUUCAAGAGCAUGGUAAAUACUUGAUUCAACCUACAGAAUUCUUCUCAAAGCUCUCAUAA